CAAUCGAUUAAUUACACAUUUAAUUUUAUCACGCACAUUCAAAACACAAGGCAAUCCACCCCAAAGCUUUUCCCGACCCCUACGGCUUUUUGCUUCUUCAACGCUCUCGAAAACCCCAAACCCAGUCAGAGAAAGCAUUCGUUCUCCGUCUCACUUAAUGAUUCUCACGUCCCACAACUCCUAAAAUCCUCCCACCAUCCAUUGAAUUUCAACUCCACCCUCUUCCAUUUCCCCACAUCUCUCUGUCAUUUCCCAAGCAUUGCUUCCUUCUCUGGUUCAAUGCAAUAAAGAAUUCCCAGGUUCUGACUCUUGUUUGUUUUUUCCAAGAAAUCCCUCUCAUUGACAGCCAUGACUGAGGUCCUCCACUCUCCGACUUCGUCCUCCUUAUCCUGCGGGCCCUCUCCUAAGCCCGCGCCCCCCAGUGGUUCCUUCUUUGAGGCGCAGACCGAGUCCUCGCUCCGGAUCGAUGGUUCUUGCUCGUCUUCUUCUUCGGCGACGGACGACGAGGACCUGGAGGUGAAGGAGAGGGAUAAAGAUUCGGAUCAGCUGUCUCUGUUGGCCCUUUUGGUGACUCUGUUCAGGAAGUCUUUGAUUGCUUGUAAGAGCGACAGGAAGGAGCUUUGCGCCAUGGAGAUCGGGUGGCCGACUAAUGUGCGCCAUGUGGCGCACGUCACGUUUGAUCGCUUUAAUGGGUUCUUGGGUUUGCCUGUGGAGUUCGAACCAGAAGUACCCAGAAGGGCUCCCAGCGCUAGUGCAAAUGUUUUUGGGGUUUCCACAGAAUCCAUGCAAUUGUCAUAUGACCCACGAGGGAAUAGUGUGCCAACAAUACUUCUAAUGAUGCAAGGGUAUUUGUAUGCUCAAGGAGGCUUGCAGGCAGAAGGAAUAUUCAGAAUAAAUGCAGAAAACAGCCAGGAGGAGUAUGUGAGAGACCAAUUAAAUAGAGGAAUCGUGCCAGAAGGCAUUGAUGUGCACUGUUUAGCAGGUCUUAUCAAGGCUUGGUUGAGAGAACUUCCAAAUGGGGUUUUGGAUACUUUAACACCAGAGCAGGUAAUGCAAUGCCAGUCAGAAGAAGACACUGCAGAGCUUGUGAGGGUUCUACCCCCAACAGAAGCUGCUUUACUGGAUUGGGCCAUCAACCUGAUGGCUGAUGUAGUCCAAGAGGAACACGUAAACAAGAUGAAUGCUCGCAACAUUGCAAUGGUCUUUGCUCCAAACAUGACCAAGAUGGCAGAUCCUUUGACUGCAUUAAUGUAUGCAGUUCAGGUGAUGAACUUCCUUAAGACACUGAUCUUAAAAACGUUACAAGAAAGAAAAGAUUCCAUCACAGAGCCAGCUCCAGCUUCCCAACUUGAACCUUCCAAUGAUAAUGAACGGCAGAGUCCUUCACAGAUGUGUUUGAAAGAUGCUGUUGAGAAAAAUGAAGGGAAUGGAGAGAUGGACAAGGCCUUCAUUGCUGAAGAACCUGUCUUAGAAAGCUCCCCCAACCCUAAUCAAGAGGAUGACACAGUUAAUGGAGAAUCUCAUCAUUUUUCAAGUUCUGCAGAGGGUCUAAGCCCUGAUGAUGGUGAUUCUUAUGAGACUCCAAUUCAAGUUGACAUAAUCAUCAAGGAAACAAAUGCUGGCAUAGUAAAUGGUUCAAAUGCUGCGAGUGAAACUAACAAACACAAGUUCGACCAGUUGAGUGAUUCAAAUCUCAAGCGGGAUGCCAAGAAAUUGAGUGGGCAGCAGCUUGUAGUCGGUUUAGCAGGACCCAUUGAGAAGACCAUUGGAAUCAGCAAUCUGUGUCGCAUUAAUUCAGUUACAGAGCGGAUCGAAGCCUGGCGGUAACCUGUAGGGUGAUUGACCCUAAUGAUUAUGUGACAGAAGGGUCAUAAUGUUUAAGUUGGGAGUGGCAGAUAGUGAGUUGUCCUGUUUGUGUUCACCUUGUUGCUGAGUGAUUUGGUUAACCUGUUGUGUUUUUUGCAUGACAUUUUCCAUUUGUAAUACAGACUCAAAAUGUUCUCUAAAACUGUUAAGAUGCAUCGCAUUUUAUUUGUUGUGAUUAGAA